AUGUAUAUCUAUGUGCCUGCCAAGCUCGCCGCCAAGCCACCGGUCAUUGUAGCCAUCCACUUCUGCACUGGCACUGCACAGGCGUACUACACUGGCAGCCCAUACGCACAGCUGGCUGAUCAGUAUGGCUUCAUUGUCAUCUACCCGGAGUCUCCAUACAGCGGCACUUGCUGGGACGUGUCGUCCAAGUCUGCUCUUACGCACAAUGGCGGAGGUGACUCCAACUCCAUCGCAAACAUGGUAACAUAUACCUUGUCCACGUAUAAUGGUGAUGCCAGCAAGGUCUUCGUGACUGGGAGUAGCUCUGGAGCUAUGAUGACUAAUGUCAUGGCGGCAACAUACCCGGAGCUAUUCGCGGCCGCUACUGCGUACAGCGGUGUUCCAGCUGGCUGCUUCGUCUCGUCUUCGAACCAGGUGGACGCUUGGAACUCGUCGUGCGCACAGGGACAAAUCAACGAUACACCACAACAAUGGGCCAACGUCGUCAAUAGCAUGUAUGCGGGCUACACCGGUGCUCGUCCACGUUUCCAGGUUUAUCACGGUAGCGUCGAUACUACUCUCUUACCCCCCAACUACAACGAGACUGUCAAGGAAUGGACUGGUGUCUUCGGCUACGACUCAACCAAGCCUGCAAAAACCAUCUCUAACUUUCCUGCCCGAGGCUACACUACAUACGAGUGGGGUGCUGAUUCGUCCAAUCCGCUUGGCAAAGUACAGGGUGUUUAUGCUCUUAAUGUCGGCCACACCGUGCCCAUCAAUGGCACUCAGGACAUGAUGUGGUUUCAGCUCGGUCCUUACGCCACUGCUUCAUCUCCUACUACCAGCACUACGACCACCGCGACCUCCGCUUCCGCAUCUACAUCUGCAUCUACGCCACCACCCUCGUCCAAGACUACCAGCACCACUACAACACAGCCAACUGGUUCAUAUGCGGUGGCCAAGGUUGGCAAGGACCGACUUGCUGCGUGA